UGGCCCGAAGGGCUGGAGCUCAGCGGGCCGGAACUCGGGAGUCGGGGCUCCCCAGCCACACCCCUCGCAGGAUUUAAAGGGGCAGUAGGGGCUGGGUCGAGCCGAAGCCCGAACCAAGGGAGCGGGCAUGAGGCGCUGCCCGUGCCGGGGGAGCCUGAACGAGGCCGGGGCACUGCCGGGGGCAGCCCGCAUGGGACUGGAGGCGCCUCGAGGGGGGCGGCGGCGGCAGCCCGGGCAGCAGCGACCUGGGCCCGGCGCUGGGGGCCCGGCGGGGCGGCCGGAGGGGGGCGGGUCCCGGGCCCGGAACAAAGUGUCCUGCUUUCACACCGAGCGUGAGAGUGCCGGCCUCGGGCCUGAGUCGGGGAUAGACGGCCAGGCUGAGCCUGAAGCACCUGGCCUCGGAACGGAGACGGAGCAGCCCAGCCAAAAGACGGAGCCAGAUAGGUUCAGCUUCUGGGGACAUCCAGAAAGGAGCAGCCACUGUUCAGAACUGGAGACAGCGGGUCCCUGGACGGAGACUGAGACAGAUGGAUUUUGUGGUGAUCCACGCAGGUCCGACCUCCAGUCUCAGCCAGAGAGGGCCAGCCUCUGGACGCAGUCCAACGUUGAUGGGCCCUGGACAGAGCGAGAAAUACAUGGGUCACAGACCCAGCCAGAGAGGGCCAAGCCCCGGACUGAUCACCUUUGGACUCACCAGAAGAGGUCUAACUCAGCCAGCUUCCUAACUCAGCCAGAAGGGGCCUGUCCCUCAACAGAGAGAAGUGCUUAUGGCUCCUGGAAAGAAUUGGACAUUGAUGGCUCCAGGACACAACAGAAUACUGAAGGUCCCAGGACACAGCCUCACACUGGUGGCUCCCAAAUACAACAGGAUACUGAAACAACCUGGAAACAGCUUCGCACUGGUUUCUCAAUACAACAAGCUACUGAUGGGUCCUGGACACAACCUGGCACUGACGCUGCACAGACACAAGAUACUACUCAUGGAUCCCAGACAGAGCCUGGGACAGACUGCCUUUUGGGGGAGCCCAACCAAGAUGGCCCAUCAGCGGAACCAGAACUUGGGGAGUUGGUGACUCACCUGUACUCUCACCUGGAGUAUAGCUCCCUGACCCCUGUGCCCCGCCUCAUCAUCACUCCUGAAACCCCUGAGCCUGAGGCUCAACCAGUGGGACCCCCCUCCCGGGUUGAGGUGGGCAGUGGUGGCUUCUCCUCUGCCUCCUCUUUCGACGAGUCUGAGGAUGACGUGGUUGCCGGGGGUGAAAGUGCCAGCGACCCUGAGGACAGGUCUGGGAACAAACCGUGGAAGAAGCUGAAGACAGUUCUGAAGUAUUCGCCAUUUGUGGUCUCCUUCCGAAAACACUACCCUUGGGUCCAACUAUCUGGACAUGCUGGGAACUUCCAGGCAGGAGAGGAUGGCCGGAUUCUUAAGCGUUUUUGUCAGUGUGAGCAGCGUAGCCUGGAGCAUCUGAUGAGCGACCCCCUGCGGCCUUUCGUACCAACCUACUAUGGCACGGUGCAAAAGGAUGGCCAGGCCUUCAACCAGAUGGAAGAUCUCCUUGCAGACUUCGAGGGCCCUUCCAUCAUGGACUGCAAGAUGGGCAGCAGGACCUACCUGGAAGAGGAGCUAGUGAAGGCGCGAGAACGGCCCUGGCCCCGGAAGGACAUGUAUGAGAAGAUGGUGGCUGUGGACCCUGGGGCCCCCACCCCCGAGGAGCAUGCCCAGGGUGCAGUCACCAAGCCCCGCUACAUGCAGUGGAGGGAGACUGUGAGCUCGACCUCCACCCUGGGCUUCCGGAUUGAGGGCAUCAAGAAAGCUGAUGGGACUUGCAACACCAACUUCAAGAAGACACAGGAGCUGGAGCAGGUGACAAAGGUUUUGGAGGACUUUGUGGACCGGAACCGUGGAAUACUGAGAAAGUACGUGGCUCGCCUAGAAGAACUUCGUGAGGCUCUGGAGAACUCUCCCUUCUUCAAGACCCACGAGGUGGUGGGCAGCUCCCUUCUCUUUGUGCAUGACCACACUGGCCUGGCCAAGGUCUGGAUGAUUGACUUCGGCAAGACAGUGGCCCUGCCUGACCACCAGACACUCAGCCACCGGCUGCCCUGGGCUGAGGGCAACCGUGAGGAUGGCUACCUUUGGGGCCUGGACAACAUGAUCCACCUCCUUCAGGGGCUGGCCCAGAGUUGACCCACUUGCCUGCUGCCAGGUUUAUUUAUUGGAUGAUACCUGUCUGGCUGGAGGAACCGUGAGGUGUAUGGGGGCCUGAGGUUGGCCAUGGAGGCACUGACCUCUAGGACAGGAGGUUGUAUUGUACAUCAUGUGAGCCCAGUGUGGAAGACCUGACGGGCCUUGGAGAUGAGGUAGCACCUGGCCCUUUCAUGAUACAGGACUGGAGAGGGGACGUGACAUAGCUGGGUCCCACUGUGAGUCAGAACCACACUGGGUUCUCUGACCAGACAGGAAGAUUCCUGAGGGGCUGCUGGAAACCACAAAUAAAACUUGCACCCUGAAAGAACACCAUCCAGAUGCUGUAGGCUACAGGCCUGUCACUGUGCCUAUUCCUAAGAAUGACUAAUCACCGCCUCCUAAUCAGCUCCCUCCAGUGGCUGUGAGCUGGCUCCCGAGGCCAGGGACCUGUCAGCUUCAUCUGUGGUGCCCAUUUGUGAAAAAAUGCAGGAGUGGCUUGUCUGCGUGGGAGAAUUACGGCCCCAUCUCUUCAUCUGGGGAACAGAACGUCCAAGUUCUGACAGAGGCUCUGAGGAGGGUGUGACACCAUAGGACUGGCCUGAGAACUGACGUCGCUGUCGGGGCCCAGUUCACCCUGUCCUGCCCUCCGAUGGCCCCUUGGGAUCCUUCCUGCUCCUGGGAGAACUCUGCUGACCCCCCCUUCCCCUCCCCGCCCCCCGCAGACCAAAACCACGACCACAUCCCGUGACCAGCACCUCAUUCCUUGGGCACCAUCUCAUCCUUGGGACUUCUUCCUGGCUGACUGCGGUGGCAAGAUGGGCUUUCAGGGGCAGGGAAGCGGUCUUGGGAAUCAGAGCUGCCUUCCUUGGGUAGCCGCCAUCCCACCCCAGUCCAGAGGCUCAGGGUGGGUGGGGCUGCUGGCUGUGACCCCAGGCUCACGACGGUCCAAACCAAAGACCCCAGCACCCUGAGGUGGGGGUGCCACUCGUCCCUCUCAUCCUGCACCUGUAGCUGGCUUCCUGGCUUCCACACGGCUGGGCUAGGGGAUAGGCACCUCCCUCUUAAGCCAAAGCUCAAACAUCGUCUUCCAGUGCUGAGGAAGCACUCCUUUUCUACUGACCUUUAUACUUAUUUAUAUGAGAGGUAGUUGUUAGAUGGGGCAGCAUUGGGGGACAGGAGGCAAUAUCACUUCACUGCCAACCCCCCUUGAUGACUCCCCAAUAAAUAGACUUUCAAAGCCAA